AGAAAAAUCUGCAGCCAAUGACCCAACCAAUUGGUGCUGCCGCUCAUUCCAUCUCCAUCUUUUUUAUCCCCUGCGCACCCUUCGCGGCUGACGUCGGCGCGCAUCCGCCGCCGCCCGCCUCAUCUCCUCGUUGGAAUCGGCAGUCCCUUGCAACCACAAAAGCGGUUAGCGCCGGUGCCGGUGCCAGCAUCUUUCCUCUGCAUCUGCACCACGCCACCACCAUUCUGUUCCUCAACCUGCAGACGGAUAGAGUCAUAGAGAGCCCGGGCGUCGCCUGCACUCGAGCCACCCUGCUGGCACAGGUCAGCCGAUGAUUCCUGCGCCGUCUAUUCUCGUGCUCUUAUUGGUUCCGUGGUUCAUGUUGAUGCGAUGAUCCGAGUGUUUUUUUCUCUCUUUCGUGCUAGGAAAUAGGAAAAAGUUCUGUGCUAUUGUUGCGUUUAUUCUCAUGGUAAUUUGGAAUUUUGGAUCAGCAGCUUUCGGUUGCUCCGGUCCUGUUGCUUCGCAUUCUUUUGUGGGGUCGUUUCCAUGGGGAUCGAUGUAGCAUCUCUGCUCUUGAAUUACUCCCGUUUUAACAUGAUUUCCUCUCUCAAGAGUCAACAAACACUCCCACGCCGUUUAGCCAGCAUGAAGUUUCGGAAUGAAUCGCCACGGAUCUGGGCCAUCUGGCUACUGGGUCUGUUCUUGACUUGCUGUGGUUAUACAUGGUCCUCUUUUUUACUUUCUUGGUGCAGUUGUUAACGGGAUGCGUGCACAAAUUUUUUUUUGUGGACGUCAAAUGUUGCUGUUUUGUUUAUCAUUUUAUGUUUGGCAAGGAAACCAAACGUUUGUGAAUCAUCCUAGUUUCCUGAUGCGAUCCUGGUUCUCUGUUUGUGAAUCUGCAUCCCAUUUGAAACAGCCAAACAGGUGUGUUUUACGUUUUGUCAAUUGUUCUGCCGACUGCCAUUAAUUUGUAUACGAAAUAUAAUUGACCGCACAAUAUUGGAGUAGAAGAGAACUUCAGGAUGUUGCUUCAGUCUUACACAACAAUAAUCGGAUCGGGCAAAUGUUGAGUGCACCUAAUGAAAAGCUGAGAGGCUAACGGCGCCUUGUUUGCGGGCAAGGUGUAUUAGUGCUAUGCUUAACUUUUUUGUUUUGAAAGUAGUGCUAUGGUUAACUAGAUCCAAAUCAUUGAUACGUGUGCAGAUCAUGAUUUCUAUACAUGGGUUUUGGAGUGCACUAAACCGUCUGACCUUAGUAUUGACUGAUAGUGUAAACCAUCAAACUUAGACUGAAUCCGUGUGUGUUUGGCUUGUUGAACGCUAUAGAAACGCUGCUCGCUUCGAGCUACUGAUUGGAUCAGAAUAGAAACAGAGUGCGCGCGAUUGUGAUAACAGAGAACCAAAUCUGCAUGUAAACACUUGAUUUUAUCUGUAUAUAUGAUGCUGCCUCCAUGGGUGUGGAGCCUGCAUAAUUUAAGAAAAGUUCCUCCAAGUUGUUGGCCAAAUUGAGCAAUUUUUCCCGAUCCUAUCGCACUUGUCUGUGUGUUUGUGUCAAGCCCAUUAUGGUCUGACUCUGAGUAUGGAGCCUGCCCGAUUGAAGAAAAAAGAGAAUCCUCGAGAUAGUUGUUGAGAAAAGUAUUCCUUGUUUCCAGAUCUUAUCUCAAGGUGAAACCAACCAUUAUCUGAUCAGUAGAUAUGAUUAAAAACAAGUCAUUUCGGUGCUCAUCCCCGUUGAACAUCUGGUGUUAUAUAGUCGAGUUAAUUCAUAAUUAUUUCGGCAUCUAUCAGUAACCGAGUACCCUGCCUUGUUGUAGCUUGUAUUUUGUCAAUUGCUCCUAUAGGCUAUAGCAAUAAUUGAUUGACUAGGAUCAGACUGAGAGCACAGAUGCACGGCUAUAUUCUCCUCCUUCCUCCUACCGGUUGUUGUGUGGUCAACUAAGCUCCACUGGUCUUUUCUUCCUCCUUCACGGAAAACAGGAGUUAAUCCUGUCAUUGUCAGGCCGGAACUAUUUCCUUAAUGGCAAAAUAGCCAAUUUAAUCCUUCAACUUUUACCUUAGGCUCAAAUUCGUCCCUCAACUAUGAAAUUGACCGGUUUCAUCCUCAAACUUUCUAUUUGAGCUCAAUUUCAUCCUUGGUCCUAUGUGGCAUGCCAUGCCACAUGGCAUGCCUAGUCAACAAUUGGUGAGUAAAAGUGAAACAAUAGAUAUAAAUAGACUCCUUUACCUCUAAUUUUUCUAACAUUCGACGUCUCACAAAAAAAAUGGUUCAACAAAUAAUGAGAAUGUAUGAAUAAACAAAGUGUAAACCUUUUAUUCGUAGACACAAGAUCAUCAAUAACUUAUGUUUAGCUACAUUAGUGAAUUAUGAGUUAGUAUACCACUUGAGUUGAUCCCGCUGUUGGACUUGAAAAUACAUCCAAAACCUUACAUGCACUCUGGUAUGACUUAGUAUGCCACAUAGGCAUGCCACAUCACCCUAGAGAUUAAAUUGAGCCUAAAUCAUAAGUUUGAGGACUAAAUUGAACCAUUUGAUAGUUCAAGGACGCAUUUGAGCCUUGGAGGAAAGUUGAGGGAUGAAAUUGGCUAUUUUGCCUUCCUUAAUCUUAAAAAAAUUCCUGUCAUUGUCCAAGUGAUCUGCAUAGUUGUAAGAAAUCAAGUCCGGGAGGCAUGCAGCCUGAUCCGAUUGAGCAGCAGAAACUUUGAAUGCGUGGCACCUUCAUCUCAAGGCAAGGCAAUCAUGGACGCUGGGUGACAGCUACCACAGUCUUGACCUGUGUGUGUGGAGUCUGAUCGUUCCCACCAAGGACAUGUCUGUAUCAGGCCAACCGUGGCGGUGGUGCCGGAUAGGGAAGGGUAAACAUCAGACGACAACAAGGCGCGGUGGAAAAAAAAGAUCUUUUGCGGACACAGCAAGGGUGAUUGCGGUUAAAGCACGUCUUCUUUGUCAGGUUACCAUCGGGCAUCGGCCAUUUUCUGGGCUCGAGCAGUAGCUGUCGUCUGCGUUGCUGUUUGCUCGUCUCGAGCGGUGUACUUGGCUUCGUUUGGUUCGCGUGCCAGGAUUGUAGCAUUCUAGUGCGUCUCUUCUAGUCUCCGCAUGAAAGAUCAGAUAAAAUUUAUUUGUAUUUUUUUUUAAAUGAGUAUAAUUUUUCGCGACGAAUCUAAUGAUAUUAAUUAAUCGAUGAUUCGUUACAUUGAUGCUACAGUAAUCAUUUUUUAAUCGCGUGUCAAAGACCUCAUUAGAUUCUUUAGGGUCACUAGCACAGGAGUUCUGAAGUUGGUUUUAUUUGACAUCGUAAUUAACGGUCAAAAUGUCACUAUUUAAACACAGCACAAACCAAACAUGACAGUUUCGGAUAGGAUGUGCUGGCUGCUGAGCAAUAUCUGACUGAUCCUUCGCUCAAAAAAAAAAAAAACAUCCGACUCAUCCUCCUGAAAGUUUCUGGUCCCUCCCGUCGCUACUCUCUUCUUGUAUUCAUCAAUGGUCCUUCCUUUCGGUGACCCAGCACGGCGAGGCCGCAGAUGUGAAGUUACGUGGCUCGCUUUAUCCUUCUCCUUUGUUUUGCUGCUGCCUCACCAGUCGCCUCGCACAGUCCGGCCGUACGUCUUGAUUGUGCUACAAAAGAGGAAGGCAGCAAAGCCGGAGUGCCAGAGACCCACCAGCCUUGUGCUUGCUGAAAGCGCAUGUAGGACAUGGAUCAGGCGGGCACUGCCGGCGCCGGUGAGCAGCCUGCGGCGGCUGCCGGCGAUGAACCCGCGAAGAGGAUCGUUGGCGGCGGGGACGCGCCGGCCGCCGGGGUGGCGACGACUGGAGGCGGCUGCUUCGACUGCAACAUCUGCCUCGAGUGCGCCGCGGAGCCGGUGGUCACGCUCUGCGGCCACCUCUACUGCUGGCCCUGCAUCUACGAGUGGCUGCGCCCCGACGCCGACGCGGGCACGGCGAGGCGGCGGUGCCCCGUGUGCAAGGCCGCGGCGUCCCCCGACGCGCUCGUGCCGCUCUACGGCCGCGGCGGGAGCUCCCGCGCCAAGAAGCCGCCGCGCGGCCUGGCCGGCAGCAUCCCGCGCCGGCCGGCUCUGCGCCGGAGAGUUCAAGACAGCGACAACGGCGGCGGCAACCACCACCGGAACGUGGACACCGACGCACCGGCCCGGGCACCACUGCAGGCGCGGCACCACGCCGACGCCGCGCAGUACGAUGCCCUCCUCCCACCGCCGUUUGGGGACCGCGGGAUGAUGCACUCGACGGCCGGAGGGGUGCUCGGGGGCAUGGCGGUGGCCGUGCUGCCGUGGGUGCUCCGAGGGCAGGCGCAGCCGCCGGGCACGUACCACUGGAACCCGUACCACCUGAUGAACCCCAGGCAGAGACGGCGGCACAUGGAGGUCGAAAGAUCUCUGCAUCAGAUAUGGUUCUUCCUCUUCGUGUUCGUGCUGCUCUGCUUGCUCCUGUUCUGACUUCUGAAGCACAACCUGCCGUGCGCCAUGUGCAGAAACGGGAGAACCGAAUGGCUGACGUGCUCUGUAGUCUGUACAUAGAUGUGAACGUGAUAGAGCUGUGGCUAUUGCAGGAUAGCGUUCAAGAUGAAAAUUGAAAACCACCAAUGACCGCAGCUUUUGAUCCUAGAAAGAAUAGAGGGAAUCAGUUUGGAAACUGCAACGGACCGACCGUUAGAAGUAGAGAUCAGAAAAUAUUGUCCAUAUGUUCAUGCGCACUCGAAGCUAUUGCCUAUUGGUAAUGUUUCAAUAUGUAACUGAUAAACUACUAUUUUUGCCAGACGACCACCUGUGUUCGCUCUCA